CAGUGCGCGCGCGCCGGUGCGGGCAACUAGAUCGACGGCGCACGGUGAGGCGCUAGCCGCUCCACGCCGGGGCUUUCACCAUUUCCAUCCCGCCGCCGCGCCGCGGCGCCACCGAAGGAUGCGCGACGGCCGCUCGCAGCCGCUAAGCCCCGCGCCGUUUGAUUCCGACCGCCCCGCGCUCGACUGGGAAGAGACACGACAGCUGCAGUAAUGGCUAAGGGGUCCCAAAUGCUGCUAUUGCUGGCGACGCUUCUCGGAGCUCCAGGCGUGCUCUGCGGACUGCACUACGGCCACCAGCUGGCGUCGCCCACCAGCUGGUUCAACGUGUGGUUCUCGACGCCUGGGGAGGGCCAGGCGGGCUCGGCGGGGCCGCUGGGGCCUCCGCGGCGACAGCGGCCCGGCAGCCCUCCCCGUCAGAUAGCGCCCUCCUUCGGCUACUCGGCGUUCAACGGCCCCGACACGUGGACGCUGGAGUGGCCUGAGUGCGCGGGCGGCCGCCAGUCGCCCAUCGACCUGCGCUCCGACGACAUGCUGCGCCUGCGCACCACCAGCCCGCUGCGCUGGGACGGCUACUGGCGCCCCGUCAACAUGUCCAUGACCAACACCGGGCACACCGUGGAAGUCUCGGGAGACUGGGGCUCAGCGGGCACUCCCACCUUGUCCGGGGGGCCUCUGGAGGGAGAGUACGUCUUCUCGGACCUCCACUUCCACUGGGGCCCCGAUGACGCCGUGGGCAGUGAGCACACAGUGCACAACGUCAGCUUUCCCAUGGAAAUGCACGCGGUUCACUACAAACGCGACUAUGGGAACAAGGACAACGCACGAGAAUUCGACGACGGUCUUGUCGUCGUCUCCUACCUCUUCAGACGGCGCAACACGGCCAACGGCGCGCUGGAGCCGCUGCUGCGCGCCAUGCACGACGUGAGCGGCGCGCGAGGCCUGCCGCCCGCGCCGCUGCGCCCGCAGCCCUUCGCCCUCAGCCGGCUGCUGCGCGAGUUCGAGGAGGACUACGUCAUGUACGAGGGCUCGCUCACCACGCCGCCCUGCCGCGAGGCCGUCACCUGGCUCAUCAGCGCGCGCCCGCUGCCCGUCAGCGCGCAGCAGCUGGAAGAGUUCCGCAGUCUGAUCGGGGAAGACGGAGAAGUGGACCGCAAUUUUCGGCCUGUGCAGCCAUCUAACGGCCGAUCAGUGUACUAUGUGGACGUGGAGUGAGCAGUGCCACAGAUGCUGUGCGACAACAGCGCGACUACGGCAACCUUCGAAAUUGCUCAUCGACGAGAGUACAAUAUCCACUAGUACUGUGACGUAGGACAGUUCUGAAUUGUGUUACCGAAGAAGCGAAUUUCUUGUGCCUUAAUGUAUAUAGUCAUACGCGAAAAAUGUUUAGGUUAAGAGAACGCGAUGCUCAGUAUUUAUUUUGAUUUCCGAGCAGUUAUCGUUCAAUUUUUAUCGACUUUUUAUUUUUUAAAUAAAGUUUUUAUCUAACUUAUUUUGUUCAUUAUUUAAAAAUUCUUUUUUACAGGAAUUAUUUCAAAUUAUUAAGAUCAAAUGGAAAAUCAAAUUUCUAAAAUAUU